GACGUGUUUGGAGAGAGCUCGUGAUUUUGAGAGAGAACUUGUGAUUUUGACUUACCCAGGCCCUUCUGGGUCUGGGGAGGUUGAUUUCUCAGCUGUUUUUGCGGCUUUAUAGCCUUUACUUUUCUUUUUUGUUUUUGAUUUAUUUAUUUAUUUUUGGAAAUGGUUAAGAAGUUGCCCCCAACAGAGGAAGCAGGGGCAAUGAAUACCCGAGCAAGGCUGGGAUCCAGCAGGCGAGCAGUGAGCCAGAAAGCUGUAGUUGGUGCAGAAAAGAAAAUGGCUGCUACUGUAAAGAAAGUGAACAAGAAAGGGAAAGUUUUGCCAAAGGAGGAGGAGGUGGAAGAGGUGUCUGUGGAGAGUGAGGAGGAAGAAAAGCUGGAUGAGGUCCCUGAGUCAAGUCUGUCUGGGUUUGCGGCAUCUGAGCCCCCUGUGCAACAUGUUGCGGAACUACAAGUCUCUACAUCUGGAGCUUCAGCAAAGGUUUGUGAAUCCCAAGCUACCUGUGUCCCAGAGAGCACCCCCCAAGGAACAAGCAGGUCCCCCAUAGCUAUGGAGGAGGAAAGUCCUGUGGCCAGCGCAGCCUGGAGCCCCUGGUCUGGUAUUUGCAUCAGUCAGGGAGCAGAGGGGAGCGGUGCUUUGCCUUGGGAAAAGGAAGGUACAAGCGGCUGUACUGACACACAAGCAGCUGCUGCUAUGGACAGUGACCCCCAGCUGAGGGAGAAAGCAGGUACCAGCUGCAUUGCAGUAAUGGAGGCCGGCCAUGUGCUUGGGAAGGAGGACGCCAUUUUGGAAGCAGAGACAGGCUUGUGCACAGCAAAGGGGAAGCUCCGCCCACCCAGUGAAAGCUGCAGAGAGUCCAGCAGAGACAGUAAGAAAGGAAAGAUUCCAGCAAAGAAUCAGGGAACCCCCCCCCCACAAAUGGCACCGACUGCUGCUGCUUCAGCAGAGGGAGGAAUGGAGGCAAGCAUGGACUGUGGCUACCUGGCAGAGACUGUGGCUUUACAGGUGCUGGAGGAGAAAUCUGCAGCUAAAAUCACGGAGGAGGAGGUAAAGUUGGCGAUAGAGAGUCUGCAGAAUAAGAAAGCUCCAGGUCCGGAUGGCUUAACAUCAGAAUUCUAUAAGACCUUUAAAGAUCUGUUGGCUCCGGCACUUGUUGAGGUGUUUAACUGUUGCUUAGAGGAAGAUGACCUCCCGCCAUCUAUGCAGUUUUCCUCUUUGAUUUUGCUGUCAAAGGUAAGGACGAGAAGCAUAUUGAGAACUGGAGGCCGAUUGCCCUGCUCAAUACAGAUAGAAAGAUUCUCGCAAAGGUUAUUUUCUUUCGUUAAAGUUUAUUUUCAAGCACUUUAUUGUCUGACUGUCAGUUCUGCACGGUGA